AUGGCAGCUAUCCAAGAGUUCUUUGUGCACAAACAACUCUAUGCAACUGUGAAUUAUGUUAUUGUCACACUCAUCCCCCAAAACCCCAUAGGCAAAGAGUAUGAAAUGUUAAGACCUAUUGCAUGUUGUACGACUAUUUACAAAAUCAUUUCUAAGGUGCUGACAACUAGGCUCGGCAGAGUGAUUAAUGAGAUUGUGGGUAAUAAUCACUCAGCAUUUCUUCUUGGAAGAGUAAUUCACGUCAACAUCUUAAUGGCACAUGAGCUGUUGAGAGGAUACAACCGAAAGUACAUAUCCCCUAGAUGUCCCAUUCAAAUGGACACCCAUAAAGCGUAUGAAACGGUGGAAUGGCCUGCAUUGGAAAUCCAAAGGUGUCUGAAUACUUUGAAGAAAAAGCCUGACUUCAAUUUCCACCCAAGAUGUGAAAAGUUCCACAUCACUAAUAUCAGUUUCCUAGACGAUCUCAUCCUGUUCAAUAGAGGAUACAUCACUUCUAUCAACAUCUUAUUGGGUGAGUUCAAGAAAUUUUCACAAGCCACUGGUUUGGUAGCCCACCCUACAAAAUGUAAGUUGUACUUUGGUGGAGUUCAGGUUAAGGACAAACAAGAUAUUAUGCUAGUUAUAAGAUUUCUGGAAGGCGAUUACCUUUCAAAUACUUGGGAGUUCCCCUCUCAAGCAGGAAACUCACCAUACAAAAAUGUCGACCAUUGA